UCCUGCGCAGGUGUCAAAAUGUCUAGCGGUAAUUAUUUAUUGAAAACAGAGUAAUUAGUGUAAUUACUGAACAAAUGAAGUGACUAAUUUAAUUUUUUUAAAUAAUAUUACUCUAUAAAAAGUAUUAUAUGUUUUUUUUAUUUAUCAGAGAUUGAUAACCGAUCUCAAUAUUUUUAAAAGAAAAAUUCAUAACCUAUUUUUUGAAUACUGAGUUUUGAUAAUUAGACAAAAUAUUUUUAAAUAAAAAAUGCUGCAAGUUCUGCGAGAGCGUUCGCAGAAACGUAAAAAAUUGUUGGCACAAGCGCUAGGAGUCGCGAAUGUUGAUGAGCUGCGGCAAGCCCUGGGCACAGAAGUCGAUGGAGUCCAAAAAAAAAAAGCCAAAGUUCGGGUCAUCAAAUCAGAGGAUGAUAAAAGUAAAGACCAGAAAGACAAUAUCGUAGCGACAGAUGAAAUAGUCUACAAGGAUUCAUCAACAUUUUUAAAAGGAACACAGUCAUCAAAUCCUCACAAUGAUUACUGCCAGCAUUUUAUUGACACCGGGCAGCGUCCGCAGAAUUUUAUCCGCGAUGUCGGACUGGCUGACAGAUUCGAGGAGUAUCCGAAACUCCGUGAGUUGAUAAAACUCAAGGAUGAUUUAAUAUCAGAGACAGCGACUCCGCCGAUGUAUUUGAAGACGAAUCUAUCAACUUACAAUCUCAAAGAACUUAAUUGCAAGUUCGAUGUUAUUUUAAUAGAGCCUCCAUUGGAAGAAUAUCAGCGGACAUGCGGUGCUACUAAUGUAGAGCUUUGGAACUGGGAUCAAAUAAUGGAACUAGACAUUGGAGAGGUCGCAGCUAAUCGCAGUUUUGUAUUUCUCUGGUGUGGGAGCAGCGACGGUCUUGAUAUGGGACGUUUCUGUCUUCGCAAAUGGGGCUUCCGUCGUUGUGAAGACAUUUGUUGGAUCCGCACCAAUAUAAAUAACCCAGGACACAGUAAAAAUCUUGACAGCAAAGCUGUUCUUCAGAGAACGAAGGAGCACUGCUUGAUGGGAAUUAAAGGAACUGUUCGUAGAUCAACUGAUGGUGACUUUAUUCACGCUAAUGUUGAUAUUGAUCUGAUUAUUUCUGAAGAACCUGAGUACGGUUCUAUUGAGAAACCUGUGGAAAUAUUCCACAUCAUUGAGCAUUUCUGUCUCGGAAGAAGACGGCUACAUUUGUUCGGCAGAGACAGCACAAUUCGCCCAGGAUGGUUGACAGUUGGUCCAGAGUUGACCAACACAAAUUUCAACGCCGAUUUGUACAGUGGCUACUUCACUUCCGGGCAAACUACGACUGGUUGCACAGAAAGAAUUGAGGCUUUGAGACCGAAAUCUCCGCCGCCGAAGGGCAAAGUUGCGGGGCGAGGUCGUGGGGCCUUCAAUCGUGGCGGUCGUGGAAGAGGAAGAUAAAUUUUACAUUAAUUAUUUACUUGAUUAAUUUUUAUAAAUAAUUUAGAAAGUGACAACUAUUUGAGCAUAUUUUUUUUUAUAAAUUAACUUGGGAUAAAUAUAAUUAUAAUUUAAGUGUAUAAAAUAAUGUAAAAUUUCCGAUAAUUAUAAUUUUUUAAUUCCUGC